AAGGUGCAAGAAAACAUAACUACCACAAAAUUGUUCAUCUAUAUUAUGCUUGUUCAAUCCUUAAAGAGAAAAUACACCCAAAAUCAAAUUUAAUAGCUGAUAGCUAAUCGCUGAUCUAUUAGAUAAAAAUGUUGCUUGAUGUUAUUUCCUAGCAUUUUCUAAGUUUGCAUCCCUUUUAAUUUUGGUCUUUGUUCUAAGUUCUAGAAUUCAAAAUUUCAAAUUAAAUAUUUGUAAAUGUCAACGUAUUUCUCCAUAGAAAAGUAGAAGAACAUCACCAAUGCAAGUAUUAAUCAUAAAAUCGAAUUGUUCCUUUGCUAAUUCAAUUGAAAGGUGAUAGAAAAUUAGUCUAUUUCCGACAUCAUACCCAUAGCUAGCAUCAACAAACCUAUUAAUCGAGUCGAUAUUGAUAAGCUAUACGCAAGAGAUCAAGGGAUCAAGACAAUGUUAGAAUUAGCACAAGAUGAGCUUAAAAACCUAGGUAAAGUAUGGUUAUUAAUUUUUGUGUCACUAAGUUAUUGUUAUAUUAUAGGCAAGAUUAUACCCAAGGGUUUUACAAGAUUAGUGGCAAUACUUCCAGUAAUCAUUCUUUUUCUUAAUUUGCCACUAAAUCUCACUUCGAUUCAUUUUUGUGGCUUUACUUCAUUCUUCAUUUCUUGGCUAGCAAAUUUCAAGCUAUUGCUUUUUGCAUUUGGUAAACCUCCUCUUUGUUUAGAUUCCCCCAUUUCAUUCCCUCUAUUUCUUGUAGUUUCUUGCUUACCCAUCAAAAUUCAGCACCCCCCAUCUUCUAAAAACUCACCAAAAGAAGAAAACAAGGACAACCCAGAUCAUAAAUCAUUAAAUAAUUCCUAUGCAUCAACCAAAAAUUCUCACAUUUUGGAAAAUAAUCAUGACCCAGUUCAUAAAUCAUUGAAUAAUUCAUACCCAUCUACCAAAAACUCCAAAAUUUUGAAAAAUAGUCAUGACCCAGAUCAUAAGUUUCAAAAUAAAUCAUACCCAAAUCCUCAAAUACUUCAAAGUUCACAAAAAUUACCUUGGAAUUACGUAAUAAAAACAGUACUUUUAGCUCUAAUGAUCAAAAUAUAUGAUUAUAGUGAUGAUUUACACCCCAAAAUUUUAUGGUCAUUAUAUUUUCUCCACAUCUAUUUUAGCCUUGAAAUAGUCUUAGCAAUUGUUGCAAAAUCAGCAAACUUUUUUCUAGGUUUAGAAUUAGAACCUCAAUUUAAUGAACCCCUUUUAUCAACUUCCAUACAAGAUUUCUGGGGUAAAAGAUGGAAUCUAAUGGUAACCGGUAUUCUUAGACCUACAGUAUACCUACCCACACAGGAAUAUUUCACCAAAAUCAUAGGCCGUAAAACGGCGUUGCUUCCAGCAGUAAUGGCAACAUUCGUUGUAUCAGCACUAAUGCAUGAAUUAAUCUUCUACUAUUUAGGACGUGAGGAACCUACUUUUGAAGUGACGUGGUUCUUUUUGCUCCAUGGAUUUUGCCUGUGUGUUGAGAUCGCAGUCAAGAAAUAUGGAAGAGAGAGAAAAUGGUGGGUUCCACCAAGGUGGUUGUCUGGUCCUUUAACGGUGUUAUUUGUGGUGGGAACUGGGUUUUGGUUGUUUUUGCCGCCAUUGUUGAAUGCUGGAUUGGAAACCAGAGGUCUUGGAGAAUAUGCGGUAAUUGGCGGUUUUAUUAAACGUGUCUUGGAGUGAAUUGAUGGCACAUUGUAUUGAGAAGUAUUUGUUUGGGAAUAAGGCGCAAUAUGCACCACCCCUCGGUCAUCUCUUCCCUAGCAAUAGCAUUAUUUCCUCGUGAGCAAUUAGUUUAGGGGAUGCUUGGUACUUAGGCUUUACAUUGCCCCGUACAAAAUCAAUUCUUUGUUUGGUAGUUUUUUUUUUUUUUUUUUUUUUUUUUUUUUUGUAUUUUAAGUUAUAGAUUCUCUUAGAAUUUAAAGUGAUUAAUAAAUAUAUAAAGCUGUGGUUCUUUGUUUCAUAGUCCAUACUAAAUUGAUAGAUUAUAAAAGUUAUUGUAUUGAAGUUGGCCUUUGUUAUUUUUAUUCAGUAAUGGACUAAUGGUAUAUGAAGUAUUUUUCUAGCUCAUUCUUGUAGUCUUAUGAGUAGAUGUGUGUCGUUAGCCCAUACUAAUCUUAGGGUUGCACACGGUCUGAUCUGGUUUGGUUUGACAUAAAAAUCAGAUCAGAUCAGAAAUUCCGGUCUAGAAAUUUUUUAGAUCAGACCAGACUAGUCAAAACACUAGUCCGGACUAGAUCGAACGGUCUGAUCAACGGUUUUUUCUUUUUUAUGUAUUUUUUAAUUAAGAGUCUAAGAUAAUGUAUUCAUCUAUAUGUAUAU